GUGUCUACGUCAGUUUAGUAGGAUAUAAAACUCGCGAUUGGAAUGACAACAGAUGUGUGUGUAGUUAUAUAUAUACAUAUAUACAAAACCUAUAUAUGCAGAUAUAUGUCGAAUAUAUGCUUGUAUGUGUGGCCAAGUCCACAAGAGACUUAUGCAACUUGCGCAUAUAAACAUACUAUUGUUGUUGUAAAUAAACAAGGAAGAGGAGAACAACCCCGUGUGGUUUUAUUCGUGAGGGGGGUGGAGAGAGAGAAAAGUGAGUGAAUCAAGUGAAAAUUUGGUCGAGUUUCGGGAUUGAUUUUUUAUUGAGCAUAAUAAGAAUAUUGGUUGAGUUGGUGAACAUCACAGUGAAUUUAUUUGAUCAUUAUCGGGGUUUAUAUCAUUUUUUUUUACUUAAGAGAGGGACUGGGUAAAGUGCCAUUGAGUGAACGUAGGUGGUGGUGUAUCUUUUGGCCUCGAUGAUAAUUCUGAAAGACGCUGAAUGUCAAUGUGGAUAUUGUUACAAUUAUUUUGGAUAUAAUGAUAAUAGUAUAAGAUGCACGUAAUAAGAAGAAAGACAGAUUAGUAGUGUUUUUUUUUCAGUUUACUUAUUUAUCAAUUUUUUUAAUUGUAUUUAUUUUUGUGGGGAAUAAUGUAUCUGUGUUUGGGCAGAACGGAUCGUGCGAUUUGUUUAGUUGUUUGAGUGAUUUAAGGACUCGAUUCACUGAGGUUUGAUAAGAGUGGAUAAGGGGAAUUGAUUGAUUUUUGAUUGUCGUUGGAAUUAAGAAGGUAGAAUGACGGAUACUAGGAGGAGAGUCAAGCUUUAUGCGCUGAAUGCUGAUAGGCAGUGGGAUGACCGUGGUACUGGUCACGUGUCGUCACCUUAUGUUGAUCGACUCAAGGGGAUCUCGUUGCUCGUGAGGGCUGAGAGUGAUGGGUCAAUCCUUCUGGAGAGCAAGAUCCAACCGGAUACUGCGUAUCAGAAGCAACAGGACACCUUGAUAGUCUGGUCAGAAGGUGACAACUUCGACCUGGCCCUGAGUUUCCAAGAGAAAGCCGGUUGCGACGAGAUCUGGGAGAAGAUCUGUCAAGUCCAGGGCAAAGACCCGUCCGUAGAAAUAACCCAGGACAUAGUCGAAGAAUCCGAGGAUGAGCGUUUUGACGACAUGUCAGACUCAGCCCCUCCAAUUGAGCUUCCCCCCUGUGAACUUUCACGCCUCGAGGAUAUUAACGAACUCAUCGGCAACUGUCUGUCCACCCCAGUCCGAAAAGAGAAGCUCGCAAUGGCCCUUGAGUCUGAAGGCUACAUAAAAAAGCUGCUGAAUCUGUUCCAUACCUGUGAAGACUUAGAAAACAUUGAAGGUCUGCAUCAUCUCUACGAUAUCUUCAAAAACAUAUUUCUCUUGAAUAAAAACGCCCUCUUUGAAGUAAUGUUCUCUGAGGACGUCAUAUUCGAUGUAGUGGGUUGUCUCGAGUAUGAGCCAACUCUCACCCAACCAAAAAGACAUCGGGAGUAUCUCCGCCAAUUAGCGAGGUUCAAACAAGCAAUACCAAUAACAAAUGCAGAACUAUUGGCUAAAAUUCAUCAAACCUACCGUGUCCAGUAUAUCCAAGACGUUGUGCUACCGACUCCAAGUGUCUUCGAGGAUAAUAUGCUGAGUACACUGAGUAGUUUUAUAUUUUUUAAUAAAGUUGAAAUAGUUACGCUAAUCCAGGACGACGAGAGAUUUCUCACAGAAUUGUUUCGACAAUUGACUGAUGAGUCAACAUCAAUCAGCAAACGACGUGAUCUUGUGUUGUUUCUUAAAGAGUUUUGUAAUUUCUCUCAGAAUCUACAGCCACAGGGUAAAGAGGCAUUUUAUCGUACCCUUACAGCUCUUGGGAUACUUCCUGCCUUGGAGAUAACUCUGGCUAUUAAUGAUGCGCAGACGAAGACAGCUAGUAUAGAUAUUCUUACUUAUAUUGUGGAGUAUUCGCCGAGCGUUGUCAGAGAUUAUACUCUUCAGCAGAUUAAUAAUACUGAGCCUGAUCAGAUGCUGAUUAAUGUCAUUGUGGCACAAUUAGUUGGAGAUACCGAUCCUGAACUCGGUGGGGCUGUUCAACUCGCUGGGGUCCUUCGUUUACUACUCGAUCCUGAGAACAUGAUGGCCACUGUCAAUAAAACCGAGAAGACUGAUUUUCUCAACUACUUCUAUAAGAACACCAUUGUGACACUCAUCGAACCCCUUCUGGGGAAUACUGUUGGAGAUAAACCAGCCAGGGAGGAUUACAGGACUGUUCAGCUGCUUGGGUUAAUACUCGAGUUGCUCUCGUUUUGUGUGGAACAUCACAUGUAUCAGAUUAAGAACUGCAUUUUGAACAAGGAUCUGCUUAGGAGAAUACUUAUUUUAAUGAAAUCCACACACACGUUUCUAGUAUUAUGUGCGCUGAGGUUCAUGCGGAAGAUUAUUGCACUUAAGGAUGAAUUUUAUAAUAGGUACAUUAUUAAGGGGAAUCUUUUUGCUCCUGUGUUUGACGCUUUUGCGAGGAACAAUGGGAGGUAUAAUCUACUCGACUCGGCGAUUUUGGAGAUGUUUGAGUUCAUCAAAUUGGAGGACAUAAAAUCAUUGUGCUCACACGUAGUGGAAAACUUCUCGAAGGAAUUGGAAACAAUUGAUUAUGUACAAACUUUUAAAGCAUUGAAGAUGAGAUACGAACAACAUCAAGAUAAACUUAAGGAUCGUGACAGAGCUACGCUUGAAAGUGUACCAUCAAUUUUACGGAAUAGUCGAUACCGGCGUGAUCAGAGGCAGCUUGAUGAAGACGAGGAGAUGUGGUUCAAUGAAGAAGAGGAUUUUGAUGAGGGUGAGGCAGUGGUACCUGCGGCUGCUGCAGAUUUAGUGCCGCCAGCGUCAGCAAAAAAGCAACCGGCAAGUCCGAACUCGGGACAGAGUCCGAAUCCCAUUCCAGCAGAAUCGAAGAAUCAACAACAAGGCCAAACUGUCCUUAAUAACAACACUGCCAGUAAUAUUCUGGCUACACAACAGUCCCAGGUUAAUAACAGCAGUAGUUUAUCGACGGCUAAUGAAUCCUCCAUUUCAUCUGGAAUCAUUAAUGCAUCUAGUGAUAGUGUGGAAAAACCUAGCACAACAGUUUUCAAGAAGGGAUUGGUAGAUUACGAAGGCGAUUCCGACGAGGAGGACGAGGAUUCAGAACUCAGCCCAUCGCCGAAGAGGCAGCGACUUUCAUAGUAGACACAGUUGCCUUUUUACUGAAAAAAUCACCAUUACCAUUAAUUCCCUCAACAAAACAAAAACUCACUCAAGCUGAUUCCAGAUUGACUCCACCUUUUUUUUUCUUUUUCAUAUCCUUUUUUGUACUAUCUCUCCUUCAUGAUUUCCCUUAUCAACGGUUCAAGGCUGAAAAUACUGCUUCAAACGACAAAAACAUGAUUUGAACAAUUAAUACCAAUCUAUCGAGGUGCAGACCUCGAUUUAUUGACUGAGAACGAACAGGAAGGAUCAUUAUUGUUUUCCCUUCAAUGUAAUAUGUAUAGUAGAAGUCUAAUUGCCUGUCCGUACGAAAUUUUGUACAAUUUAAUUGAGGAAACAAAAAACAAAUCAAUUUCUUUUUAAUAAAAAAAAAUUAAAAAAAAUAUAAGUAAAGAGAAACCACAAUAUGGAGCCGCGUAUAUUUGGAGAUGAAAAACGCAUCAAUAGAUUUAACGAGAGUGAAUGAACUGUAGAAAAGAAAUGAAUCAGAUAUAACAAGGUAAUUAUAUGAGUUUGUAAGACAAACAAGGAGAUGAGCGAGUAAAAAAUUGAUAAGAAAACUUUAGACUAUCUUGGAUAAGAUAAAUACUUAUUUAUGCGCAAUCAUACGCCUAUGUUGUGUGAAGCGAAUAGUGAAUUUUUGAAGAGAGAAAAAAGCAAUUAGUAGUUCCCAUUUUUUCCGUUUUUAAUGUGUCCUACAAGGUGAAUAAAUUCAUGUUCUUUAAAUUAAAUCGAGUAAGGAUUACAGAAUGAAAUGAAUAAACAUGAUUAAUAUACUUGCAUGGCGGCAAUUAUACGUGAAUUUUUCAUACUAUUGUUUAUUGCAGCAACGAAUCCUGGUAAGGAUGAUGGGGGGUUUAGGUAGUUUAUUUAUUAUUAUUACUAUUCUUCAUUUCACUAUGGUGGAGCAUGAAUGAAGGGUUUGAAGAACUUUUAUAGAUGGAAAUACGGAUUUAAUGAUUGGGGGGAGUUUUCUUUCUGGCUCAUGGAUAAGGAGACAGGAAAAAUUCCGGUUUUUGGGCUUGCCAAUCAAUUUAUUCUUGUUCAUACGGAAGGAGGAGAUGAUUUGGGGAUUCUAGGCAAGUUUUCUGGAAAUAGCUUGAGACAGAAAAGCGUAUGAGGGAAAACGUGUGGAGAGCUUUUUUUUUUGAGGAAGAAAUUUAAGGCGACGAAAAGUCUUCAGGUGUUUUUUUCUUUUGCUGAAAUGAUUCGUUACCGAGGCUAUUUAACAAUGAGCAACCAUCGUUGAAUUUAAGUCCAAUGUAAAAUUUUUGAUACCGAGUUCAUUAUUCCAUUAACGUGUAAUUUUAGAGUAAAAUGGCAAAAAAUAUCUUUUGUAGGGGGAAAAAUUUGCAACGGAACGUGUUUUGUGACAUCUUUCUCUAGAGUUGAUAGUUAACGAGAUGAUGGUAGAAUUACAUCAAGUAGAAAGGAUUGACCAAUCGAAUUUUUUGUUUGUCAAAUGCGUGAGUGAAUGUCACUGUUCAGUAAUUUUGUGGGAAAAUGUAAAAAAAUAUUUUAUAUAGAUGAUGGAAUUCUCUACAAAACUUAUCUUCUGAUAUUUUUCUGUAAACCACUUUUUGUCAAUGCGCCAAUUACUUUGCAUUUUCGUUUUAAAAACAUCUUCCUUUCAAUUGAAAUUUCAGUGCAUUUUAUGAAGUGUUGGCUCCAUCGUGGAAUUUCAAUUAAAUAAUCUCAUAAUGAUUAUAAAUAGAGGUUCAAAAGAAUUUUCUAUUCAUCUUCAUCCAUUGGUAAUGACUCAAAACAUUUUGCGCUGCUCCACGGUAUGAGCCUGUAGGAAGAUCAAAUCCCAAAAAUUUCUAAAUCUAAGAAAAAAAAAUCGAAAUUAUAAACUUAAAUCUGGAGUGAAGAUUGUAAGCUAGUGUACAGAUUUUUUAACUGGUUUUAUUACUGUAGGGAUCUGUUAUAAGAAAAUAUCCAAUUCGUAUACCCCACCGCCAGAGGACGAAUUUCAAUGAAUUAACGUAAUAAACGUAACAAGUCAAGUGGAACAUCUUCCUUAAUUCUCUAGUUGAACCGAUCUCAUCGAUAAAAGGGGAUUUUGGAUGAGAGUGUCUAGAGACCUUUCUUGUAGUAGUUGAUAACAUCGUCCGCAAAAAGCGUCUCUCAACAUUUUCAUUUGAACUUGAAAAUUACUUAGAUAAUUCCAUAAUUGACAAAAUCAACAUAAAUCUGCUUGUUAAUUUUUAUCACUUCACUACUGAAUUAGCUAAUGAAGUAUGUACAUAAGCAGAAUUUGAACGAACAAAUGAGUGAUAAUCUUGACGGCAACGUAAUAAAGACCAGCAUGUAGAGGAAUUAAUGAAUCAUAAUUACGUAUGAACAUCACUAUAAAAAACCCGCAGAAAAGAUGAGUGCAACGAUUCAAUUGAUUAAAUGAAAUUCGGUGAAACUCAAAAUGGUGGAGAAUCAACGAUUGUAUUAAUAAACGAAACAAAUUAUUUUCACCGGAGGGGAAUUAAUUAAUCAUCUAGAAACGAAAAAUAUCUUUCGCCGUAAUUCAUUGUAUUUUCGUGCAAAAUGGCUCAGUAAUUGUUGUAAGAAACUCUCUUUGACAUAAUAAUCACGAUAAUAACAGAAUAAUAUUAAACAAUGAAUAGUAAUGAUGAUAAAUAUAGUUAUCAUUGACGAUAUGAUACGUAUACAUAAUAUGUAUUAAUGGAAGAAUUCGGAAGUGCAAAAAUCGAGAGAAAUAAACAGAGAUUACGUGGAACACAAGCCAAGUAUCGAUGUACAUCAAUAAAGGAUGUUUAUUUUUGUAAAUAAUCAUUAAUUAUCACAACUAAUUCCUUGCCUUAAUGGAGAUACAGCAAUAUUCAAUAUUUAUUACUAUUGGAGACUAUGAAAGAAAUUUAAGGGUUCGGAGAGGAAUGAAUUUCAUUGGCUUGGCCUAAGAUACUUUUCAAGGUUAUUAUCUAUAUUGAACAGUGAUUGGACAACACUGAAACAUUUCGCACGAACGUCUAACGGCUGAUGAUAAAUUUUCUGAUGUCAUAACAUGAAUCCGUAGUGAAGUGGUGAAGUGGAGAAGAUGAGUUUGGAAAUUUUUUAGUAGUUUAUUUGAGUGAUAUUUUGCAAACUUGUGGAUUGGGAAAACUGCGUCUAUCAAAAUUUCUUGGUGAGGAAUUCGGUUUGGCAUACUUUAUCACCGAUAGAACAUUUUCUCCAUAAAUGACCUAUUAUACACAAUGAAUUCCUUUUAUUUUUCAUCUUUGAUGUUUUGCAUUAAAGUCUAUCACAUCAUGUCAGUUAUACAUUGUACAAUUUGAAUUUGUAAAUGUUUGAAUUAUUGUGCGCAAUUUAACAUGUAUAAUCCAAGCAUGUGUAAUUUCAGAAAAACACAAAAUCCAUAAAACUCGGGCUCGGAUUGGUGGAUUUUAUUGUUCUUAAAUUCCGAGUGCUUCAAUUAUACCUUCAAUGUUCAAAUUGAACAUUCACGAACUUGAAUUAUGCAAUGUGGGAUUCAGAUUGCGCAAUGUCUCAUUCGAUUGGUACAUUUCAAUUGAGUAGAAUGCAAUAUGUAUCUCGUGUGGUUAGGAUGUGAGGAUUACAAUCGCUGUUGACAAAAUCUCAAAUUUAAAAUAUGAAAUGAUGUGCCAGAAAAUUAAGGAACUCCGUUGUGUGCAAUAGAUCAUUUUGCCGAGAAAAGACCAUGCUAGUGUCAAAAUUUGCCUUUAGUUCUCGGGAAAUUAUUGGAACAAUUGCAUAAUUAGGCUGAGCAGAUUCGACAACUUGAAUAGAUCGAACCAAUCGAUGACAGGAGUUUGUCAAUUAUGCAAAUAUGUCAUUAAUUAUCCAAUUUAGGGGAAAUGAGCUCAUGAAAUUUUCUACGAAAUGUUUCUCCUGACAUUUUUCUCUAAACCUCCCUGGGAUGCACCAUUGUCUCAACUCAUGUUACAAUUGAACUAUUCACAUAAAUGAAUGCAUGGGUACAAAUUUUUUCAUAUUUCACAAAAGAUAAACGAGCGAUUUGAAUGAUGAGCAAUGAUAACUGAAGCUGCAUAAGUGGCAUUAAAGUAAAAGUAUCGUAGAGGAAAGCAAUAUUUGCAUUUUGAUUCAUCAUUUAUUAAUUUGUUAAUUAAAGUAAUAUGAAGUGAAUAAUCGUUUCAGAGGGAAUAAAAAAAUUCUUAAGACGUUAAUGAAUAUAUCUGAAUCGCUUUAUUUUAUGUAAGUAUGUGGUAAGGCAAGAAAUACAAGGAUUUUUGUAAAUAUAUGACCAAAUUUGAGGAAAUAACAUAACAAAUACUAUGAAUUUUCCUUUCUCUUUCGUUUGAUUAUAAUGAAAGGUAUAUAUGGUUUUCUCUACAAAUCUAUUUGUGUUCUAUAUGGAAAAUAUGAUGAUGAUGAGUAGAGAGUGAUAUGAGUGAGUGUUUUAUGAGUAAAAGUGUUGUAGAAGUGCGAGAAAAUAUUUAAUUAUAAUAAAUUUAAAUUUAGAAGAAA